CUCGCCACUGCUCCCGACGUUUAUUUAUCUGAGAUUCUGCAGAAAUGCUGGAAAAGAAGAAGGUGGUUCAAGUGGAGUUCAAGCCGCGCGACGAUGGCGUGGAGUUGGAGAAUCAGUUUAUAAUGCGUUUUCCCAAGGAAUAUGCAACUAUAGUGCAUGAGGCGAUACAAGCAGGCAACGUAAAGGACAGACUGAGUAUUCAACUUGAUCAAGAUUUGCGCUAUGGUGAAGUACGUUUGGACGAUAGACUCCUUUACUCCAAACUGGUCGAUUUACCCACCAUUGUGGAGAGUUACAAGACAAUAGACAAUAAAAGUUUCUAUAAGUCCGCGGACAUAUGCCAACUGCUGAUUUGCAAAGAGGAUCCUGAAGAUGAAACUGAGAAGGAGUCUCCUAACAAAAAUAAGAAAAAAGAUCCCAAUAAAGUGGACAAGAAAUAUCUGUGGCCACAUGGCAUUACACCACCCUGCAAAAAUGUUCGCAAGCGGCGCUUCCGAAAGACCCUUAAGAAGAAGAACGUGGAGGCCCCAGAAAUUGAAAAGGAGGUCAAACAUCUGUUACGCAUCGACAACGAAGCUGUUCGCGUCGAUUAUGAGCUCAUCAACGAGGAAGUGAAGCCGGGCGAUGAGGCCGAUCAGCCGGACCUAAAACCAUACAACGAAGCAGAUGAAACACAGGACGAUACAAUGCAUGCCAGCGAGAAGACUAUUAAUGAAAGUACAUCACAACGUGAUAUAAAUGUGGAAACUGAUGAUGACGAGACAAGCAAUUUCGCUACAGAUCGUCUAGCCGAUCCUCGCCUCGCCGCGCAGGAAAUUUUCGGCGACGAAUUGUCGACCACCGAUUCUGAAGGUGAGGGUGGUCAGGGCAAUCAGACGCGUGGUCCACGCCAUGAAAUGGAAGAGUCAUCACGUCUUUCUGGCGAUGAUUCGCGCAUGUCUGAUUUCUUCGGUGGAUCUGGUGCGGUUAGUCGUGGUGGGGACACCACUGGCACUGCAAAAAUGGAGCAUCAGGAAUUCAACAAAUCCAUGUUUGGCCGCGAUACGACAAACAGUCCCAAACUCAGUGCUGCUGGCUCUAGUUCAAAUUUGGCUGCUCCGAGCGGAUUCUACGACAGUGGCAUGGGGACAAAACGCGGCGAUGAAUUCGAUGCCAUGAUGGAGUUUGCCGACGACCCCCAACCGCAAUAUUCGCAGCAACAGGUGCAGGAGAAGAUCAGUCUAUUGACUCGUCAAAUCAGUGACUUAAAGGCACAACAAGCACAAAAAUCAACAGAAAUUGCUUCAAUACAAAAUGCGACACUGAAACAGCGCAUGCAAGAAACUUUGGACAAUUUGUACACUCAGGUAAUUGAGCGAGAACUGGAGCUCAAGGAAUUUGAGAACAUGCUGGAAUCGUAAGCAUGGAUAAUGUAAGCGCUUUAUCUUUUUUACAUAAGAUAGAAAAUUACUAAUUUUAACAUAACAAAAAAUCGGACUAUGAAUUUCCAGCAAUUACCGAACAAAAGAGUUCGCAUUUACAAAACUUCAGGAGCAUCUGGAAUUCGUAAAACUUUAAACCAUGCAUAUAAUUUCAAUUUUAUUUUUUUUUUUAAAUUCAAAUGUUGGUAAUUGAAGACUCAAUAAUGAAAACAAACUAAGAAUAUGACCAAAUUGAUCCAUUUU